AUGGUUCGCAUCAACGUUCUCCGUGACGCACUCAAGUCCAUUUGCAACGCCCAACGCAUCGGGAAGAAACAGGUGAUUGUCCGUCCUUCCUCGAAGGUUAUCAUCGAGUUCCUCCAACUUAUGCAGAAGAACGGCUACAUAAGCGACUUCGCAGUCGUGGAUAACCACCGCUCAAACAGGAUCGUCGUGAACCUCAUCGGAAGACUCAACAAGGCUGGUGUCAUAUCUCCUCGUUUCGACAUUCCCGCCAACGACAUUGAGAAGUGGGUCGUCAAUCUUCUGCCGUCGCGUCUCUUCGGGCACAUCAUCCUCACUACUUCCCAGGGCAUCAUGGACCACAUCGAAGCUCAGCACCGUCAGAUAGGUGGCAAGGUCAUUGGCUACUUCUACUGA